AUGAGACAAUCAUUAUCAAUCACAAUUGCUGUAGUCGGUGUUGUCGCUGCCCUCGCAGUCUUCACCAUCAACGAAUCAGCCAGAUCAACUCAACUCUACGGUACUAACUAUAGUAACGACAACAUCGUCUUCGCCAACUACUUGGCUAAGUACGGAAAGAGCUAUGCCACCAAGGAGGAGUACGAAUUCAGACUUCAACAAUUCUAGGCUAAUCUCGCCAAGAAUGCUCAACACAACUCUUAAAACGGUGUCAGCUACCACCUAGGUAUCAACAAGUUCACUGACUACUCACCAGCUGAGUAUAAGAGACUCCUCGGAUUCAAGAAAUCAUCCCACUCACACUCACUCUAAGCUACUCUUUUGCAAGAGACUAAUAACACCGAGGGUAUUGACUGGAGACAAAAAGGUGCUGUCACAGGAGUUAAGAACCAGGGUCAAUGUGGUUCAUGCUGGGCCUUCUCCUCAACUGGUGCCCUUGAAGGUCACUUCUUCCUUAGUGAUGGCAAACUAGUCUCCCUCUCUGAGCAACAACUAGUCGAUUGCUCUCACAAUGGAAACAAUGGUUGCAAUGGUGGUGAGAUGUAUCUUGCCUUUGAUUAUGCCACUAAAUCUCCACUAGAGACCGAAGCAGACUACCCAUACUUGGCAGCUGAUGAAAAAUGCUCCUAUAUUGCCUCAAAGGGAGUUGUUAGAGCUGCUAACUUCCAAAGAGUCGAAGCCAACAGUGCUGCUCAACUUAAGACUGCAAUUAAUCAAGGUCCAGUUUCAGUCGCCAUUGAAGCUGAUCAAUAUGUCUUCCAAGGCUACUAAUCAGGAAUCUUGGAUAGCACUGCCUGUGGUACUCAACUUGAUCACGGUGUCCUCGCUGUUGGUUACGGUUCAGAGAACGGCAAAGAAUACUACAUCGUAAAGAACUCAUGGGGUACCAGCUGGGGUGAAAAUGGAUUUGUCAGAAUUGCCAUUGUAGAUGGAGAGGGUAUCUGUGGAAUUCAAAAGGAUGCUGUCUACCCAUUCACUGUUAGAGCUUGA